UGCCGCGGAGACCUUUAACUCGCAGAAAACUGGUGCAAGAUCUUGGCGUUAGAAUUAACAGUUGAAUUUUCGUCUUAUUGGCGUUUUAGAGUGUUGUGCUUCAUUAUUUUAACGUUUGAUCAUGGAUACGACGGAACUGCAUCAUGGAAUAAUUUAAUAUGGCGCGUAGAGCCGACUGGAAGGGAGGAGUUUGAAUAGUUUACCCUUUGUUCUGCCAUAGCCAUCCAAAGAUGCGUGCUGCCUGCGUAAUCUGUGGAGAUCUCUUCAUCCACACAGAUGACAUCUCUGCAACCCCCUGUGGACACACCUUCCAUACUGUGUGUCUGAUACAGUGGAUUGAAAGGUCGAAAUCGUGCCCACAAUGUCGCCACAAAGCUACAGAGAAGAGUUUGGUAAAACUCUUUUUUGAUUCAGGAGGAGCAGAUACAUCACAUGUCGACCCUGACACAUUGCAGCACCAGAUUGACAGCCUUAAGUUCCAAGUUCGCUUAAAGGAGCAAGAAAUGAAAAACUUUAAGGAUGAAACAAAAACUUUGACCAAGCAGAAUAAAGGCCUCAGAGAAGAGUGCAAAACCAUCACCAGCCAGCUUCAUGCCAAAGACACUACAAUUAUGGCUUUGAAGUCACAGCUCCAGUUCAUGGACCGCAUCACAAAGGAAGCCCAGAAGACAAAAGAGGAGGCCAAGAAACUGAGAGAACAGCUCAGAGUGCUUCAAAAUGUGGAGAGCAUAGUUUCAGGCACCAAUGAUGAUGUGGAAGCAAUGCUGGUGUCUUAUUCCAACAACCCGGACAGCACAAGAGCCCUGGCCACCUUUUGUUCCAUACUGAAAAAGGAAAUGAACAAGACAGUUGAUGACAAGAGGAGGUACAGGGAUGAAGCUACAUCACUACGAAACAAGCUGAGAGAGGCCAAACACAGCUACAACAUAGCUUCAAAUGAGCUGACUUCUUUACAACAGACAAAUAAAAACCUUCAAGAUGAUGUUAUGUCUCUUGAAAAGGAAAAUAAAAGCCUAAUGAAGAAGAUGGAGGCAUUGCAACAGGCUAUUGUAUCUCCUUCAGGAGAUGUGAAAAAUAGUGCAUUGCAUCGUUUAAUAGCAGAGAGCCCAGCACCUGCAGACUUGAAAAGACCUCGUCUGUCCAGCCCUGAUGAGGAGGAUUUGCUGGUCACACCUGAAGUAGUACGGAAAAUGUCACGCUCAGAAAAAGUGACCCCACCUGAUGAAAGCCGUGAUAUUGUGUUGAGUCAGGACUCAACAACACCUCCAAUGAAAGGCUCACCUUCCAAGUCUAAAAUUGUUCUUUUUCCUGGUCGUCGUCCCCUUGCUGUUACAACAAACAUUUCAAAAACUUCCAAGCAGCACCACAACAUAUUUGCAAAGAAUAAACCAUCUCUUCAAAAUAUAGGCAUGAGCUCUCAGCUGACCUCUCAAGGCAGUGCCACGCAAAUCGGCUAUGACGGUCUUGGAGGCCAUCACAAAGUGGAUGAGUUCCCAAAGCCACGCCCAGUUUUACUCAAAAAGAAGACUGUGAAAGUUGUUACGAAGGGUGGCUCAGCAGCAAGAGUACAGACCACUACUCUGAAAAACUUCUUCCAGAAUACUUUUGAAGACUGAUUGUUGAGACAUGCUGACAGAAGUUAACUUAUUGUAUGUGUGUGUAUUUAUUCUUUUAUGUCCGCUUUAGAAAAUAUCUCAUAAAAAUGAGAUCUUAGGUAAAUGGAAAUUGUAUGUCAUGUAAUAAAGCUUUGGUUUUUAAUAAAGAGAUUAUAGUA